CGCGAUCAUAAUAAACAAAUAGGACAUUUAAACUCGACAGUCGGGGAAGGGAGUGGCCAAAGGACCAGUCCCUUGCAGCCUACACUAGCCUACUGGUGUCUUCAACUGGACUGGACUCCGCCCCCUGCACUAGCAGCUGUGGUGGGGACCUUCUCUCUGUCUCUGUAGUUGGUGGCGGUGGUGGGGACCUUCUCUCUCUCUCUCUGUAGUUGGUGGCAGUGGUCUCCAUCGGCUCCCACACCAGGGCAUGGGCAGCAGCUCUCCAACACUACUACUACCGCCCAGCACUGCGCCUGUGCCAGCCUUCUAGAAGCUUCUCAGCAUCUGACACAGGUCUGAAACGUGACGAUGAAACAAGAAGCAAUGAGGAGUUUGCCAUUCCCCACGUCUUCGACCCCAGAUCGACUAUCUGAAGAAUUAUCCAUGCUGUUGUCCAUGAGAGGGGAAGAGCAGCAGAACUUCACACGGGCCUUACCGCCGGAGAUGAGCCUGAGGAUCUUCAGCGAGCUGGACGUUCGGAGUCUGUGUCGGGCCUCGCUCACCUGCAAGCAGUGGAACGGUCUCAUCGAGGGCAGCGACAGUCUCUGGCGGAACCACUGCCUCACGGUUCUGGCCGUGUGCAACAAAGAGGUCACCGGAGACCUACAGGACGGCCUGUCCUGGAAGGUCACCCUGGUGCGUAACUACCAGAAGAGCCGCGCCAAGAAGAACUGGAUCAAGGGCCGGUGCAGCCACGUGCGCUCAGCGGACCAGAUCCCGCCCCACAGCAUGUACCCGUUCGACGUGGAGACCUGGGGGGAGAUCCUGGAGGCCGAGCUGGAGAGAUAGAUCGCCUGCUGCUAGCAGUUGGAGGAGGAGGAGAGGAGGAGGAAGAGGAGUAGGAGGAGGAGGAAGAGGAUGAGGAGGAAGAGGUGGUGGUGGUGGAGGAGGUGGUGAUGGAGGUGGUGGUAUUGGUGGUCAUUAUAUAGUGCGUAAUCUAAUGUAUGAUGGAUUACAUUAGUGAGGUAUUUCAAGUACAUGGUGCAAUGCCAAGUGCCAAGCCUGGGUAAGUUAACCCGGAGCGGUAGUGGUAAACCUGGUGAUAUAGUCAAGCCCUGCGCUGAAACAAAGCCAGAAAAGCUCUCCUUUUUGGAGGUUUCCGUCUUUCUGUGAGUUGUUGACUUCAUCAUGUGCACUUGAAUUACCUCCCAGGACUGGCAAGACACACACACACACACACACACACACACACACACACACCAAUAACAGUCAUAUGAAAAAGACUGAAAUGCGUUUUUGUAUUUUAGAUAGGCUGUGAUCAAGCACCUCAAGUGAUUUGUAACCUUUUUUUGGACACUUUUUAAAGCACCAGCAGAUACCUUGUAUAUGACUUCUGAAAAAUGCUUUUAAUGAUUUCCAAUGAUAUACAUGCGGAAUGAUUUUUAAAUUAAUCAUGAAAAUGUCGAUUUAUGACAUUUUGAUAUAGCACUUGAGAAAUAUCAUAUUUAUUUAUAUGUAAUAUUUUAUAAUGAUGUUUUGUUUGAUAAUGGUGCUAUUGAAAUAUCAGACUAAAUACAAGUGGAUAAAAUCUAUGUGUGUAACAA